AUGUCAACACAACGCCACCUCCACGAACUUCAAGACUCAAUUUCCGUACGCGCACAUUCGAUCUUCGAUUCCAACGUUUACACAGCACUCAGCUCAGAAGAUCACGGUUGUCCCAGCCUACGAAUACACAUACAAACCUCACUUGUCCGUCACAUCAUUCAGUCUCUUCGACCACACACAGCUCACCUUCCUUCGUCAAAGUUUUCGAACCUGUCGGUCAUUCUUCGCGUGUCUCAGACACUCAAUCUUCAAGUACCUCAGUCUCUCGGUCAUUCUCCUGUCUACGAAACCCUCCUCUCAUCAAACACUAUGGCUCAAGAGCAAUGUUUGUCGUCGGGCUGGACAUACGACGAGACCAUCAAGCUCUGGGAAUUAGUGGAGGAGAGAUUGAAAAUCACCCGGGCCCGCCUCAACUUGGCGGAUUUCCAGGUGAUCAAGGACGAGAUGGACUCUCACUUCGCCCUGACAAAGGUCCAAGUCGGGGACCUUAUGUGGCCGCGGGCGGUGGGGGGUGUCACCCCUUCAUUCGCAUACUCCAGCGUCCGCCGGGCUUUCCCGGAGAGAACUGCGAAUGCUUUGCAUUCGUACAUUACCAAGAAGGACUCGCCUCGGGCCGCCGACUACGAGGCUUACUGCAAGACCUACGUCGUUUAG